GAAGUGAGAGGUUAACAACCAAAACAAUUUUAAGUGACCUUUUUGACAUUCUUUUAUUUCUUUAGAUGAAUUGAUCCGUCAGGCAACGCUGAAUUGUCCCGAGAGGGGAUCUCUUCUAUUGCGUGUCCGUGAUGAAUUCAGGAUGACUGUGGCGACAUACGAAACGUUGUACGAGAGCGGGAUCGCGUUUGGCUGCCGCAAAGCUUUGGAAGCUGAAAUAGAAACAAGAGAUAUUGAAAUACAAUACAAGCAGCUACAAGAGGAAGUUGCCAGAGCUAAGAAACGAAUUCAGGAACUACGUGCUGAAAUAAAUACUGAAGAGGAACAGUCCAAGCAAAGAAUCAACAUGCAACAGAUACGCCAUGAAGAAAAGAUGGAUUUCCUCAAGAAAGCGAACAAACAGCUUAAGGAACAAAUUAACUACAUUUCUUCAUUUGAGAGUUCAUGAAAUGUUCAUUUCUGCUGCGUUGGAUUCCAAGUUGUCAUUUUUUAUAGUUUUUGAAAAAUAGACUCAUUUUUAUUAUUAAAAUGUAC